CGGAACAGUGUGCCCUGUGGUUGGCGCGCGCGCUCCUUGUUUCCUGCUACACUGUUCUCGAAAGAUAAACUUCUUUUGAGAUGCUCACAUGACAUCAGUGCUUCUCCCCCGGUGUGCGCGCGCUACUGGCGGACGACGGGUAUUUAUCGUUUGCCCACGCAGCGCGUGUCACCAAAAAGCAACGUGAACUUGGUUGCAACAUCUUCGUCCGGUCACAAGAGGCUCGCUGCGGAGAUCGCAGCUCAUCUGUCCGGCAGCGUUGCUGGCUUAUCACAUCUGCACCACUGAGGAUUGGUCAUUGGAAAUGAAAGAGGGGAAAGCUCUACCACGCAGGCACAGAACAGUUGGAUCCUGAGCAGUUGGAUCAAAACCAGGAAAACACAAGAUAACCACAUGCACUGUGUAGACAUGAGAGGACCCAGGAGCACGUGAAGAUGUCCCAGAAGACAACUAAAACAUGGUGCCUUAGGCUUCUCCCAAUCCUCAUCUUCUUCAUCUCCUUUGUCACAUACUACUGCUCCUAUGCCAUUCUUCAGAGCUACGGCAGCACCAGCAAGUUUCUCAACAGUAGCAAGUCGCUGUGCGGUGGCUGGCUAACCCAGAAGAAGUGGGAGAGCCUUAACUUUAACAUUAGCAGACAGACGCAGCUCUUUCUGAAACUGGAGGAUUUCUUCUGGCGGGAGCAUCUGUCAGAGCUGGCAUUACCUUAUGGCAUUAAGGGCAGCGAGCUGCUGCUGCUGAAAGUUCUUGCUCUUAUUGCAAAUUACCAGGUGCCAACCAACAUUGAAAACCUUGAAUGCAGGACCUGUGUCAUCAUAGGCAACGGCUUUGCCAUUAAAAAUAGCUCCUUGGGAAGCAUCAUCAACAAAUAUGAUGUGGUCAUUCGGUUGAACGAUGCCCCAGUGAGGGGCUAUGAGGAGGACGUGGGAAACAAGACCACCAUGAGGUUCUUCUACCCCGAGUCGGCCUCUUACAACCCCGGACUGCACAACGAGCCGGCAACCCUCAUGGUCCUGGUGCCUUUCAAGCAGCAAGAUCUUCGCUGGCUCAAAGAGAUCCUCUAUAAUGAGAAGAGGGUCAGGAAAGGAUUCUGGAAGCCCCCUCCCCAAAUCUGGUUGGGUGACAUGAGUAAAAUCCGAGUGCUGGACCCCCACUUUUUGCACCAGACGGCAGACAGACUGCUCCGCAUCCCCCUGUACCCGAAGAGCAAGCAGCAGCCAGUGCAUCCGACAACGGGCAUCCUCGCUGUGUUCGUUGCUCUCAACUACUGUGAUGUGGUCCACGUUGCCGGCUUUGGCUACCCCAACACAAAGAACCAAAGGCACCCUAUCCAUUACUACGGAUACGACACCAUGAAGUCCAUGAAGAAUUCCCACCACGACCUAAAUCAUGAAUCCGAAGCCUUAAAAAGACUGGAGGAUGUUGGCGCUAUUUUGUACCUUCACCCGCAUUUAUGAUACACACAACAGCAAAUGAUGACAUUUGAAUUUGGUUUAAUGUGCCUUCUGCAGUGAGAUACAAGACUGGUGCUGCGUUCAGGCACCAUGGGGUGACGUGGGGGUCACAGGUUGAUCUCACUGGCGCCUUACAUUCUGUUAAAUUGAAAGACAUGAAAAGAUGAUUUCACUGAUUUUUUUUAACGUCUUUCCUUCAAUUUGUUAAGAGCCUUUGGUAACACGACUCAGCAUCUUGCAUCGAGUUUACACUUUUCUAAUCUUUAUGGGGUUUUUAAUCAGAACUCUCAAAGUGAGUUUGCAGGACACUAUUCAUGUUGUCUCGUUUGUGAUAAGCAAAGUCACGUCGGAUUCUGUCAGAGUUUUGGAUAAUUCAAUGCUCUGAUGUUGUUUGUAAUUCAUGCAUUUCAUUGAGCUGCAAAAUUAAUCAAACUGGAUUAUUUCUCACUCAAACUGGUUUGAGAUUUUGUCAGAAUCUGUUUUAAAGAGGUGUGAGAUAAUCUAUGUUUUUUUUUAAUGAACUUCACUGUCAAUGUACAUUUUACAUUAAAUUAAAAGAAAAUUAAUUGAUGACAAACCUAAUUUGCACAGGAUUAGAUUAUUUACUUUUAGUUUCUUGGACUGGAAAUACGACUUGUAUUUUCCCAAUUUGUAAGAGUUGAAAGAUGUUUGGGAAUUGUAAUUUAUUUAAUUGUUAUCAUUGUUUUAAUUGUCUUCUUUUUUUUUAGAAACAAUACCAGUAGAUGGUACCACUGGAUAUUUUUUAAUGUACAGAAUGAAAUACAUUUUUAAUUAAAAGGAAAUCAAAAUAAAUGGCCUUUGAUUCUCA